AUAGGGCUGUCUGUCUGUCACACAGGGCCUUAUCUCCACCACCCACCUGCCAGGUUGCUCAGCAACUAGAAGGGGUUGAGGGGUGCAGCGCUUCUCAGUGUCGACGUCGUUGCAUAUGGGUGUUCCCGCUCCUCUCGUUCUCUCUUGUCACUCAUCUUUUUCGUUGGUCCCGGUUCAGUUUAUCACCGGGCUCGUCUAGUGCCGACAGAGCUGAGAUCAUCCUGUUUCCAGUGCUGGAGAGCAGGUGGGAGUACCUGCAUGCAGGGAAUGCAUACAAGUACCUAAGAGAUCAACAUCUGAAAAACAUCAAUGGAAAACCAUUUUAGUUUUGAGGGCAGUGACAUGUCCUAUGAAAACAGGGACUCUGCCUUCCCCUCCCCAGUGAGACUGACUCCACCGGGCCAGAGCAGCAACUAUGACCUGGAGGGCAGGAGGCAGGAGGAGCAGGAGGAGGACAAUGAGCCACCAAUGGGGGUCCUCUCCAUCGCCAGAGAUUCAGAAGCUUAUCUGAACCUGAACACCAAUGCCACCACAAGAGGGGAUGCUCAAGCCUAUGUGGAGCUAAAUGAGCUCCAGGGUAACAUCUGGCAGGAGACUGGCCGCUGGGUGGGCUACGAGGAGAACUUAAACCCCGCCACCGGAAAAUGGGAUCCUUCUCAUGUCUCCCAUCUCACCUUCAAGAGCUUGAUCCAGCUCCGCAAAACCAUGAGCACAGGUGCCGUCAUCCUCGACCUGAAUGCCAGCAGUCUAUCUACCAUAGCUGAGAAGGUGGCGGAUGAGCUGCUGGACAAGGGUGAGAUUCGCGCCAGUGAUCGGGACGGCCUGCUGAGAGCUCUACUCAUGAGACGCAGUCAGUCUGAGAGCCCUAUGAUCACUCCCUCUGGAGACAUUGAGAUGCAGACCUUUUCUGUAACCAAGAAGAGAGACACCUCUGACAAUAUGGAGGCCUCAAUUGUCCUCUCAGGUGUCCUGGAAACCCUGCAGAAACCUGUGACGGCCUUUGUGAGGUUAAGCGACUCUGUGGUGAUGAACUCCUCCCUGGAGUCUCCUGUCCCUGUUCGCUUCGUCUUUGUGCUGGUGGGCCCCAGCCAGAACGGGAUAGACUACAGUGAAAGUGGCCGCGCCAUGGGCGCUCUGAUGGCCGACUGGGUGUUUUGUCUGGAAGCCUUCUUGGCCCAGACGGACAAAGAUCUGACCAACGCCAUAGCUGACUUCAUGGACUGCAGCAUUGUGAUCCCCCCCACUGAGAUCCAAGACAAGGGAAUGCUGGAGCCCAUCAUCCAUUUCCAGAAGAAGAUGCUGCGUGACAGACUCCGUCCCAUCGACACCCGUCUUGCCUUUGGUGACAGGGUCAUAGAUGAGAAACCCCCAGAGCCGCCUCGGGAGGACCCUCUGGCCCGCACAGGCUAUCCCUUCGGUGGGAUGGUGAAGGACCUGAAGCGCCGUUAUCGCCACUACAUCAGCGACUACACAGAUGCUCUGAACCCUCAGGUCCUCGCUGCCGUCAUCUUCAUCUACUUCGCUGCCCUGUCCCCAGCCAUCACUUUUGGAGGGCUUCUGGCUGACAAAACAGAAAAAUAUAUGGGCGUGUCAGAGCUCAUGAUCUCCACCAGCAUCCAGGGCGUCAUCUUCUGUCUCAUCGCCGCUCAGCCCGUCCUCAUCAUCGGCUUCUCUGGACCCCUGCUGGUGUUUGAGGAAGCUUUUUACUCUUUCUGCAAGACCCAGGGCAUUGAGUACAUUGUGGGCCGUAUCUGGGUGGGGAUGUGGCUGAUAGUGAUCGUGAUCAUCAUCGUGGCCGUGGAAGGCAGCUUCCUGGUCAAAUUCAUCUCCCGCUUCACUCAGGAAAUCUUCUCCAUCCUCAUCUCUCUCAUCUUCAUCUAUGAGACGUUCAAUAAGCUGAUCAAGAUCUUCCAAACCCACCCUCUGGUUCUGAACUACGAUCAUCUGAACGACUCAAUGGACAACCCCUUCCACCCGAUCCUCUUGGAGCACACUGAAAUCGAUCACCAUGGCAACAUUACCAUUCACGAGAAGGAGUUGGAAAGGGCCUACCCCAAUACCGCCCUGCUGUCUAUGUGCCUGAUGUUUGGCUGCUUCUUCAUUGCAUACUUCCUACGUCAUUUCAAGAAUGGUCACUACUUCCCCGGCCCGAUCCGUCGUUUGAUUGGAGACUUUGGUGUCCCCAUUGCUAUUUUCUUCAUGAUUGCUGUGGAUAUCAGCAUUGCGGAUGCUUACACCCAGAAACUGGUUGUGCCAAAGGGCAUUGAGGUGACCAACCCCAAAAUCAGAGGCUGGUUCAUCAACCCCAUGGGAGAGAAGAAGCCCUUCCCCAUCUGGAUGAUGGGCGCCUGCUGUGUACCAGCACUGCUAGUCUUCAUCCUCAUCUUCCUGGAGUCCCAGAUUACUACGCUGAUUGUGAGCAAACCUGAAAGGAAGAUGAUGAAGGGAUCCGGUUUUCAUUUCGAUCUGCUCCUCCUGGUCACCAUGGGGGGCCUCGCCUCUUUCUUCGGGGUCCCCUGGCUCAGUGCUGCCACUGUGCGAUCCGUCACCCACGCCAAUGCUCUCACUGUCAUGACCAAAGGCACGAAACCAGAGAUUGAGAAGGUGAUCGAGCAGAGGAUCAGUGGCUUCCUUGUGGCCAUCUUGGUUGGUGUUUCUAUUUUCAUGGAGCCCCUUCUGAAGAUGAUUCCUAUGACAGCCUUGUUUGGUAUCUUCCUCUACAUGGGUAUCACCUCUCUGAGUGGAAUCCAGAUGUGGGACAGGAUGCUUCUUCUAAUUACACCAAAGAAAUACCAUCCCGCUGAGGCCUACGCCACCAGGGUGAAGACAAUGCGUAUGCAUCUCUUCACUUUGAUCCAGCUCGUGUGCUUGGCUGUCCUGUGGGUGGUGAAGAUUAGUGCCUUCUCUCUGGCGCUGCCUUUUGUUCUCAUCCUCACCAUCCCUCUGCGCAUGUUCAUGACCGGCACGCUCUUCUCUGCCAUGGAAAUGAAAUGCCUGGACGCAGAUGAUGGCAAAGUGACGUUUGAGGAGGAACCUGGGGUGGAUGUGUACAAUGAGUCCCCACUGCCAUAAACAACACCAUAUUGUGCAUUUUUCAUUCCAAGACUUUUAAAUGCACUUAAUACUUAACUGAACAUUUAUCAUCAGGUGCCUUUAACAACAUGUAUGUAUUAGCAAUAACAGUUUCCAACUUUUUCUGUUCUGUUAUUAUUUAUCUCUCAAGGAAAAAUCUUUAAUUUAUAGAAUGCAUACAUUAAACAUACUUAACUUGACUAUAAAGUUAUCUUUUGAGCCAGGAAUAUUUCAUUUCAUUCAAAGCAAAGUAUUUUCCAUUAAGACCUGAGGUAAAUCCAAUUAUAAUAUCCCUUUUUUUCUUUUAGUGCAUAACUACAGUAUAGCUUUGAAGUGACUACCAGUGCUGCCGCAUUACAAAUCUGCCCAUGUUAUAAUGAUAUUUCACCUAACUUAAUGUUGGCUAUUUAAGUAAAGCAAAAUGUAUCUAUUCACACUCUGUUCACACACACACACACACACACAGUGAGUUUUAUUUAGAUUCUAACACCAGCCUUUUUCCCAUACAGUAGCCUAGUCCCCCUAAGUGUGUAAUUGCUUUCAUAAUUAUUAAAUGGGAUGAGCAGUAAUAGGUAGAUAGUUAUUGUUGAGAUAUAAUCGUUUGAGAUUAUUGUUGUUCUGAAUGAUAUUUGUAAAUGUAUCUUAUAAUGCCUGUUCAUGUGUUUGUGUGCUUGAAACACUUGAUUGGAUUGGAUGCAUUUUCACUUUAUUAAAAAUAAAAACAUUCACCCAGUG